AUGGACAAUUCCUUUGAAACCGUGUUCGAGCAAGCCCAGCUGUUCACCGCUUUGAACAUCGAGGACGAAGAGGAGGAAGUUUUGGUGCAGGAGAUAGCCCAUUCGCAACUAUCAACCGGCAGAGGAUCGCGUGCUGGUCGAAAACCUAACAUCGAAAGGAAUUUUCCGGAAGCGAAUCAACGAUUCUAUAAUGAUUACUUCGCGCUGUACCCCACAUACGACGCAAAAACAUUUUUGCGUCGUUAUCGCAUGCCACGCGAGAUGUAUGUGCACAUAUCAAGUGAGCUUGCCAGAAAAUAUCAGUACUUCCAGCAACGGUCCGACGCUGCACAUAAAUUGGGUCUGUCUACCAUGCAAAAGUGCACCGUCGCAUUGCGCAUGUUAGCUUAUGGUGCCUCGGCUGACUCUCUGGACGAAAACCUCCGCGUCGGUAAAUCAACCAGCCUGGAAAUCCUCCGUAAAUUUUGCGAAGGUAUUACUGAGCUGUUCGCUAGCGAAUAUCUACGGUCUCCUAAUCCUAGCGAAAUUUCAAAGCUGAGAGCCGAAAAUAGCGAACGAGGUUUUCCAGGUAUGGUGGGGAGCAUCGAUUGUAUGCACUGGCGCUGGAAGAACUGUCCUUCAGCGUGGAAAGGGCAGUUCCAAGGCAAAGGUCAAACUGCAACGAUCGUCCUGGAGGUUGUGGCAAGCAAAAAUUGCUAUAUAUGGCACAGCUUUUUUGGUUGUCCUGGGACCAAUAAUGACCUCAAUGUACUUUAUCGGUCUCCGCUGAUAGCUAAAAUAGUGAAGGAAAAUUUUCUGGGACCCCCUUUCUCUGUAGGAGAUCACCUCUACGAAACAGGGUAUCUGUUGGGCGACGGGAUUUAUCCCGAUUAUCCGGUUUUUGUCAAAACCGUUAAAGCGCCCAAAACAGCCAAGCAGGUUCUGUUCGCCAAGCAUCAAGAAGGCGUCAGAAAAGAUGUAGAAAGGUGUUUUGGAAUUCUGCAAGGUGUCUGGCGAAUCCUUCAAGUUCCCUGCAGAUUGUGGGACAGGAAGACGAUGUCCCAAAUAAUGGAAACAUGUAUUAUUUUGCACAACAUGCGAAUCAGAUACAUGGAGACGGAAACCCAAGAACUGAUUGAAGAGCACAACGCAUUCUUCGAGCAAAUUCAAGAACCACUGCCAGAAGCUACCGCCGGAUUUGCUAGUGGCACGAGCCAUAUUGAACAAAUGUUCAACAGAUGGAGCAGCCUCAUCGACAAAGAAAAAUCGGAGAGAUUGCAGGCAGAUCUUAUAAACCAUCAGUGGGAUGAAAAGGGGAACAACUGA